UUGAGCGUACUGACUACUGAGAAUGAUGGAGCGAAGAUACAACAUAUCUUUAUUUCUACAUUUUCUAAAUCUAAUUGCUUACGUGUGUUCUUCCCUCUAAAUGACCACCGACCAGAGAGUUCCCAUGUCCCAUCUCUUCAUUUUGCUAGCUGCACUCAAAGCCCUUUCUCUUCAUUCAGAAUCUCAAUGACGGGCAAUACUGAUACUGUAGCUUUAUUUGAUAAUGCAUUUGGGAAGCUUCCUGAUCAUCUUCUGAUAGAAAUUUUCAUCCGAGUUCCUGUAACAGAGUGGAGCCAGAUAUCUUGCGUUAAGAAGCAAUGGGCUUCUUUGUUUCGAGGAGAAUGCUUGUGGCAAACUGCUCUUGUCAGGACAUGGCCUUUAGCUGGCCAGGCAAAGCGCUGGCCAGGGCCUAUCCCUCAAGGCUUAGGUAGAAGGAGAUACACAGCAUUAUAUGUUAGUAAACACAUCUUUCAAUUUGAUGGUGAGAUUGAUGAGAUGAUGGGCCAUACAUAUUUGUUUCUGAAAGAGCAACUUGAGCUUUCAACUACAGCUCCUCCUUCUGGAAUUCUUCAUGGAACCAUAAUUGAUCAGUUUAUUGCCUGUGGCAAAUCACGGGACAAGGCCUAUGAACUUGCUUCACAAAUUUGGUUGGCUGUUAUCAACAAUUUGGAGGAAAAUGAGCAGACAUUUCAGUUAUUUAAACGUCUCGCAUUAGAAGGAGAUGUUUUCCUUCCAUAUCCAUAUUCAAGAUCAUACAAAGUCCAAUGGAGGGUGUUCGAAAAGCUUUUCACUGAUUUCCGUGACUGUUUCAAUUGUGUAGACUACUAUGACGUAUUAGCAUGCGCCAAACACAAGUUCCAGCCAAUACCUUCUGCUUGGUUAGGACACUAACCAACUCAGUUAUCUUAGGUCAUGAGUCAUGUACCUGAGCUGUAUAUUUAGAUAAAGCUUCACUGCAAGGUCUGGAAAAGCCUUCAACUAGGAGUAACAUGGGUUCAAAACCUGUACCUUGACAAUCAUUGUAUAUAUUUAUAUUGUAAGGUUGAUAUUUUAAAGUGUUUGCAGGUUAUGCGGUCUCAGGCCCAGUAUCGGUCAUGCUUUACAAUUUGCAUAUAUGCGUUGAGAAUUUUGUUCCCAAGUAAAUUCCAAUAAAGAAUUUUUCUCAUUAAAUAGACGUGUGAAAACCAGUAUUGUAUUAGUUUAUGAAAGAUAUAGUUAAGUUC